AUCUUGAUAGUUGAUUUCAAAUCUCAACUUCCGGAAAGAACUUCACCUAUAAAUAAAUGUUGGUGCAAAGCCGACGAAUAUUUUCACCAAACUAAUAAUAGCGUUGCAAGAUUCGAGUCAGCAACUUUUGCUGUGGCAAAAAACGUGCUUUCACCGGAAAACACUACAACUGAGAUGGCUAAAGAGGAGGAGUUCCUGAGAGAAAACGGAGGAAAUGAGAACGGCGCCGUCAAAGGGCGCCAAGUCUCCCGCAGCGACUUCCCUCCUGACUUUGUUUUCGGUGUCGCUACUUCCGCCUAUCAGAUUGAAGGCGCUUGCAAUGAGGGUGGUAGAGGGCCUAGUAUAUGGGAUGCCUUUUCACACACUUGUUGGGAGAAGACUAGAAACCACCUAGUCAGGAGGGUAGAUCAGAUGGGGGGUACUCUAAUAAUUUGGAGCAAAGAUCUAAGAAGACCUAAUACUUUUUUUAAUGAUCACAUUUACUUUUUGGCUGUAGAUGGCUUAGGAACCAAAGUCAAUGAUGAAGGGAUAACUUUUUAUAACAACGUUAUUAAUGCCCUUCUUGAAAAAGGUAUUAAGCCAUUUGUAACUUUGUACCAUUGGGAUCUUCCGCUGCAUCUUGAUGAGUCAAUGGGAGGAUGGUUAAAUAAAAAAAUAAUAGAAUAUUUUGCACUCUAUGCAGAUACUUGCUUUGCAAAUUUUGGUGAUAGAGUGAAGAACUGGAUUACUAUUAAUGAGCCCCUUCAAACUUCGGUGAAUGGGUAUGAUAUGGGAAUCUUUGCACCUGGGAGAAGUGAGAAUUCACUAGUUGAGCCAUAUUUGGCAGCACAUCAUCAAAUCUUGGCUCAUGCGGCCGCAGUCUCCAUAUACCGAAGCAAGUACAAGGAUAUACAAGGUGGGCAAAUUGGCCUGGUUGUAGACUGUGAAUGGGCAGAGGCUAAUUCUGAUAAGAUUGAAGACAAAUCUGCUGCUGCAAGGCGCCUGGAUUUUCAGAUUGGCUGGUACCUGGAUCCACUAUAUUAUGGUGAGUAUCCUAAAGCUAUGCGUGAACGACUUGGAGACCAGCUUCCGAAAUUCUCAGAGGAAGACAAGAAGUUGCUUCUGAAUUCUAUGGACUUUAUUGGUUUAAAUCACUAUACAACAAGGUUUAUCACUUAUGUGACAGACUCCAAUAAAGAAAGUCGUUACUACGGGGCACAGGAGAUAGAGAGAAUCGUGGAAUGGGAAGGUGGCAAGGUCAUUGGUGAGAAGGCAGCAUCAGAGUGGCUUUAUGUUGUUCCUUGGGGUCUUCGCAAGGUUCUCAAUUAUGUAUCACAAAAAUAUGCUACACCAAUUUAUAUAACGGAGACAGGUAUGGAUGAUGAAGAUGAUGAUAAAUUGCCACUGCAUGAGAUGCUAGAUGACAAACUAAGAGUUCGCUAUUUCAAAGAAUACAUUGCCGCAGCUGCUGCGGCUAUAAAGGAUGGAGUAGAUGUUAGAGGAUACUUUGCAUGGUCAUUGCUAGACAACUUUGAAUGGGCUCAAGGGUAUACCAAACGCUUUGGAUUGGUCUAUGUCGAUUAUAAGAAUGACCUCACUAGGCAUCCAAAGUCUUCUGCAUAUUGGUUUUCACGGUUUCUGAAAGCUGACAACGACAAAAAGGGAAAGGAAGAGUAGUUGAUUUCCAUCAUGAACGAAUGAAUAAUUAUAAGAAAAGAAAGCUUCUAUCUUAUCCUUAUGUGGAAGCUUUACAGUAACAUUUCUCUACUAAAUUCUGGAUUCAUCAAAUUAUUUAUGUACCGGAGUUACCUAAAACAGAAAAACUGUUAUGUUAAAUACUUAUCUUGGUUUGAAGUAUAGUUGUUUGCAUUUUUCUACCCCUUCAUGUUUUCGCAGCUUCCUUUACUGUGGGAGAAGUCUUUUUCCGCUUUUGGUUUGUAUCUUGAUCUAAUUGUGGAAGUUAAUGGCGGUUUCAAAUUUCCAGGGUGUAAUUCUUGUCGCGAUAUUGUUAUUUUG